AUGACCCAUCAUCCCUCCGUCAAGCCAUUUGGCUUGACGCAGGUCUACGCCCCUCCGCGCGGGGAAAUCCCCACCGUGGAUAUAGUCUUUGUCCAUGGCUUGAAUGGCCACCCCGAGAAUUCCUGGACCAGCAAGACGUCUGGCUGCUUCUGGCCCGUCGAUCUCCUACCCGAUGUCCUUGGACAGUUGCGACCGCGAAUCUUAACUUAUGGGUAUAAUGCAAACGUCGCCGCGUUCACGGAUGGCGCGUCGCGCGAUUCCAUCGUGAGCCACGCCGAAACGCUGGCGUCCUCCCUCGCCGCAAAUCGGAGUCUACGCAAUUGUCUCGAUCGACCGAUCAUCUUCGUUUGUCACUCCCUCGGCGGCCUCGUGGUCAAGCGUGCCCUCAUCUUCUCCCGCAGCUUGUCGAAUGAAAAAACCGAGCAUCUACGCUCCGUGUAUGUCUCGACGUUCGGCAUCCUUUUCCUUGGCACCCCGCACAACGGUUCGGAUGUUGCGAAAUGGGGUCUCCUGCUUCACAAGAUCUGCACGUCUGUCCUGCCCAAGAAGGUUGUGGAAGGCUCGCCACAGUUGAUCAAGGCACUCCAGACCAACAACGAGACUCUCCAACAUAUCAACAGCCUAUUCGCUGAUAUCAUGAGCCGAUUCCACAUAUAUCUCUUCCAUGAGACUCGGUCGAUGGACGUACGAGGUACACGGGAGAUCAUUGUCGACGAGGCAUCUGCUGCGCCGUACUUUGAAGGCGUCGAACGAGGCGGCAUCGAGGCCGACCACAGCCACAUGUGCAAAUUUGACGAUGAGAACUCACCCGGCUAUGAAGUGGUCGCGGAGGCCAUCCUCCGGUACUCCCGCCAGGCACCUUCCGUGAUCGCUGAUCGCUGGAUCGAAGAGCGCAAGACCCGGACGUUGGAAAAGAAGGCCAAGGCGCGCGAGAUAUACGACGGCUCGGAUGAUCCUGUGGGCCAAAGCAUGCCCGAUUUGCAAGUGCCUCCGACUGGUUACUCCGUACCAAACCUACCCCGCGAAGCUGCCACCGAUGGUCGCAAUUCUCCAGUGUCUGAUUUGGGCAAAAGUGCCGUUGUGCCGUUAUCCCGUUCUCUAAAUAACCUCCCAUCUCAAAGAGAGCCUGCGCUGUUCGUUGCACCGCCGGGGUUCCAUCCGAACGCGAUCUUUUUCGGAAUGGAGAAGGAACUGGAAGAGCUGCAUAGACGGCUAUUCAAGGCCAAAGCACGCGCGGAACGGACGAUGGCCGUCCUAAUAGCCGGUGUCCCCGGAUCUGGAAAGACACACCUUGCACGGCAGUACGUCUUUACGCAGCGCGAAUGCUAUACGGGUGGAAUAUUCUGGGUUGAUGCAAAGUCUCGCGAGUCAGCAUACAAGUGCUUCUGGGAGAUUGCGCAGGCCGCCACCCUCGUGGACCAUAAAGAGGCCGAAGACCCCAACUACCAAGAGUCCCGCACAUACGUGAAUGCCGUUCGGAACUGGCUUCAAUCACGGAAUGAGUGGCUCCUGGUUUUUGACGGAAUCACCUUCGACCACGACGACGAUAUCAAUGAUUUUCGUCCCUUCUUGCCUUGGAAUAAAAGGUGUAGUAUCAUUUAUACGUCUAUCGAUGCUACGCUGCGGAAGAAACAGAGGUUGUUCGAGCCAUAUUGUCUGUCCAUGCCUCGCUUAAAGGUUGCGGAUGCCUGCAGGCUUCUUUACAAAGAUCUUGGCAUCAGGAGACCGACGCCGGAACAAGCUUCCAAGGCUACAGAGCUGGUUGAGCAUUAUGAAUGCCUUCCUCUUGCAAUUCAUGCUAUUGGCCACCGCCUAAAUGCCACGGGAAAACCAAUUGAAAGAUACCGAGUCAAGCACCAGGUGACCGACAAGAAGCUUGCUGAACCGUUUCUGUGCAUAAUGAACGAUCUAUAUCGCCUGAAACAGCGGGAAGCCUUGAAUUUGAUCAAUCUACUUUCGUUUCUCGGUCAUCACGUCCCCGUUGGCUUGCUCAUUCUCGGAAGAUCCAUCAUGACCGCGGAGAAUGCCGAGAUCUUGUCCAGUGCUCAAUCAGGGGAGGACGCGGACCUUGACACCACGUUGGGCACAUUGAUUCACUACGGCCUCGUUGAGCGGACAUCAGAUGCAGACCUGAAUUUUCAACAAAAUGGAUCGGCGCAGACUUCAAGUGACGAAAUGCACGUCGAACCCAAAGUGACUCCCCAGUUGACCGACUCCUUCACAGAAAGUAGUGGGGAUGGAUUCUUCUCCAUUUACCGGGGCAACUCGGUGGUUGACGUGGUCAAAAUUCACAGCGUUGUGCAGGGCUUUUGCCGCGAUGAGCUCAAGAUCAAGGAUGAAGAAUACAGAGAUCUGAAGCAGAACCCGGGAUUCUACGACUCGUGGCUGGUCGUUGCUACUCGCUUCCUUUGCAGAUCUUACGAGGUGGCCAAGGAGAGGAUGGCUCACUACCAUGACUGUGGACUCGUCCGUGACUAUCGCGAAUAUGAGACUCACGCAUCUCGCCUGGUCGAGCUUUUCCCCAAGAAACCUGCAAUCGGGAACCACCCGCACGUCAUUCGCGAAGCCCGCGAGAGCUUGCGCCAGUUGAUGAAAAGUAUCAGCAGCGAGAUCGACCGCAUGUCACCCAGCUCUUCACAAGAAUCGGCUCGUAAUCAAAAGUCUGUUUUCGACCGGUCCAGCAGCUCAUCUUCAUCAUUCCCUGAAUCAUCGGCAGAUGAAGGCGGUCUUUCACGCCAGUCAACCUGGAACUGGACCGAAUCCGGCUCUAAUCGUGCAGAGUCACCAGAGGAGAUGAUGGGCCCGCCUCGGUUUAAAUUGGAGCUCUUUCCUCCUCAUAUAUUCCGACAAGCUGGCUCGGGUUCAGAGGACGGUUACGAGACUGAUGGUGAAGCGAAAGAGGCACCUCGUAUCUCUCCAGCACUCUCGCAGAUGAGUCAAAUCACGGAGAGACCGAAACAGUCCCCUCCUUCGUCAAGUCCACCCGUUCCUCGUGACGACUCGCAAGACUGGCAGCUCGUUGAGCGCCAUUCAAGGAUCCGUUCAACAGGGACAAAGAAACAGAGCAAGCGGCCACGAGGGCCUGGCAGGCUUCGUGGAGCAGCCCAACCAGAUACCCCGGUGGUUAAAGUUUCCACGGUCCAGGGAAGAGGAUCUUCCAGUCGCGUAUCUUCGGGGCAGACGGGGGGCCAGACAAGCUCGGAUAGCAUGAGCUCGUCGUCUUCAAACCCUCCGUCCAAUAGAGAGAAUUUGCCUACGUAUGCGAGCAUCGCUGCCAGGAAGAUUCUUGAGGCUACUGAGACUCUGCCGAGACGUCCAGCAUCUAUGCCAGCUUCUCGGAGUCUGGAGGUAAGUUCGGGGCUACAGAUGAAACCGUCCGUGGAGUCCCUCGACAGUCAGGCAAGCCGUGUCUUUGCGUCUCCGCUCUCUCACGAGCUGAUGUCCCAUGAAAUCAUCGCCGAGCCAUUGGCCCGAUCAACAUACAGUGAUCCAGGCCGAGAAUACAUGGGACAGUCGCUCGGAGCGUUGGAUCUGCAUACUGCUCCCACCUCCCAAAUACAAUCUCGCCGUGCUUCCAUCCAGGCCAACAUCGAGCCUGCUAUACGAGAUUUGUCUGCGAGCACUCCCUCCAUUCUUCCUUUUGGUAUCCCCAUUCGUGAAGUGUCCGCAAGCACACCUUCACUGCUUCAAUACCCUCCCCCUCUUUUACCCUAUGACCAAGAUAUUACCAUCACCAUCCCGCAUAGACGGUCGGUCCCCCAGCGCGCUCCAGGUCCGGCCUUCUCUUCUCCUAUGGCACCCGCGCCCGUGCCAGUUGCUCAUCCAUCUGCCAUCAUGCCCGGAGCUCUUCCCUUAUCUUCAAGUGCGUCCGAUUCAACAGUCGUUCAGGCCUCUGAACGUCCCGGUCCUGAAGCCCUCUCGCGUGGUUCAUCCAGUUUCUCACACCAGUCCUGGGCCACAGAGCCCGUUCGAUCCCCACCGCGCUUCUCGCCAGCCUCAAGCUUUGCGCAGCCUAACGACAUCACGCGCAGUCCAACUCCACUACUCCAGCAUCAAAGCGCAGUUUCUGGCACUAGAAUCUGGACUUCCGAUCAUGCCCUCUCAAGCAGCGCCAGUGCCAUCCAAUCUGAUAAUCUCUACCCGGUUCCACCUUCAAGCCGUCGACGACUAGGCUCAGUCGACGAGCGCCUACGAAACAUGGAUCUAGCUUGGAACCCGCAGAUUGAACCAGCACAGCUUUUGCAUUUCGGUGGACACCGUGUUGAUGUUCGCGAUGCGCGGCAGAGAUUGCAUGAAGUGGGACGACUUCAGACCCCGCGACAUAUCCCGACAUAUCAGCUUUACCAUUCCAAUAUGUCGGGACCGUUGGUUCACGAUGAUGGUCAUGUGUAUGCUCCAGCGCCGGCGCUGGAAGUUUAUGGUGUGCGUGCUAGGAGUGGGAGUUCCCCGUCGAGGCCGAAUUAUAAUGGGUUGGGUGUGCAGUUUAAUGAUCGUGUUUUUGAUUGA